UAUUAAAUUAACCAACACACACACACUAAUCCAACUGAUAAAAAAAGAACAAUUGUUCCUUUGAAUAUUCAUGUGUUUUUUUGAACUUGAUUUGUAGUUAAUCAACUGUACCCAAUUCAAAAAAUCAUCUUUUUGAUACACCCAUUUCAAAAAGAUUACAUUUUCAGUUCAAAAAUAUCAAUUUUUUUGUCUGGUUCACUCCCUUGUUGUUUUAGCCUUCAAAGUCAAUUAUAACUAGUGUUACCUGAGUUCUCUCUGAUCGAGCAGUGCUUAUCUUGGAAGUUUGUGGAGAGGAGACAAUGUUGCUUUGUCUCUUCUUUUCGUUAUCUCUCUUUUCGACAUUUAUAGACAAUGGAAGUGCUGGUAUAACAAGUGCAUUCGUUCGAACUCAGUUUCCGUCUGUUGAUAUUCCCCUUGAAAAUGAAGUACUUUCAGUUCCAAAUGGUUAUAACGCUCCACAGCAAGUGCAUAUUACACAAGGUGACUAUGAUGGGGAAGCUGUCAUUAUCUCAUGGGUAACUGCUGAUGAACCAGGGUCUAGCGAAGUGCGAUAUGGCUUAUCUGAAGGGAAAUAUGAUGUUACUGUUGAAGGGACUCUAAAUAACUAUACAUUCUACAAGUAUGAGUCUGGUUACAUACAUCAGUGCCUUGUAACUGGCCUUCAGUAUGACACAAAGUACUACUAUGAAAUUGGAAAAGGAGAUUCUGCAAGGAAUUUUUGGUUUGAAACUCCUCCAAAAGUUGAUCCAGAUGCUUCUUACAAAUUUGGUAUCAUAGGUGACCUUGGUCAAACAUAUAAUUCCCUUUCAACUCUUCAACAUUAUAUGGCUAGUGGAGCAAAGAGUGUCUUGUUUGUCGGAGACCUCUCUUAUGCUGACAGAUAUCAGUAUAACGAUGUUGGAGUCCGUUGGGAUACAUUUGGCCGCCUAGUUGAACAAAGUACGGCAUACCAGCCAUGGAUUUGGUCUGCUGGGAAUCAUGAGAUAGAGUACUUUCCAUAUAUGGGGGAAGUAGUUCCAUUCAGAUCAUUUCUAUCUAGAUACCCCACACCUUAUCGAGCUUCAAAAAGCAGUAAUCCCCUUUGGUAUGCCAUCAGGAGGGCAUCUGCUCACAUAAUUGUCCUAUCAAGCUAUUCCCCUUUUGUAAAAUAUACACCUCAAUGGCAUUGGUUGAAACAGGAAUUUAAAAAGGUGAACAGAGAGAAAACUCCUUGGCUUAUAGUCCUUAUGCAUGUUCCUAUCUACAACAGUAAUGAAGCUCAUUUCAUGGAAGGGGAAAGCAUGAGAUCCUCCUAUGAAAGAUGGUUUGUCAAAUACAAAGUCGAUGUGAUCUUUGCUGGCCACGUCCAUGCUUAUGAAAGAUCAUAUCGUAUAUCUAAUAUACACUACAAUGUCUCGGGUGGUGAUGCUUAUCCCGUACCUGAUAAAAAAGCUCCUAUUUACAUAACUGUUGGUGAUGGAGGAAAUUCAGAAGGUCUUGCUUCAAAAUUUAGAGAUCCCCAGCCAGAAUAUUCUGCUUUCCGUGAAGCUAGCUAUGGUCAUUCGACUCUAGAUAUCAAGAAUAGAACACAUGCAAUCUACCACUGGAACCGAAAUGAUGAUGGAAAUAACAUUACAACUGACUCAUUUACAUUGCACAACCAGUAUUGGGGAAGUGGUCUUCGCAGGAGAAAGUUGAACAAGAAUCAUCUGAACUCUGUCAUUUCCGAAAGGCCUUUCACUGCGCGAUUCUGAGACACAGUUUCUCAAACAUGUUAUCAAACUAUGUGUCACAGUAUGUUGUUUACUAUGUUGUAAAAUCUAUCUACUUUUGUUGCAGAGAGUGGAUCCAGCUAUUUUCCCAGUGUAUUGGUUCAUGUAAAAUAAGGAUUUGUGCUGUUUAUAUGACAGCAUUAUGGAAAGUAUAGCUCUUGUAAAUUUGAAAUAGCUACAUAUUAGAUUUUCAUUGUUUGUGUUAUUUGAUUGA